AUGACGUCAAUUGUACAGACUACAGUUUUUGAGUGCGAUGAUGUCAUGGCCUAUGUAGUGGAUCAAAAGAAUCAGUUUAUCGGAGACACUCCUAUUUGGAGAGGUAGUUUCCGGAUGAUUGAACAGGAAGCUGAAGACACUAGUAAUACCAAUGAAUCGCUGGAAUUGACUCAGCAUCAGUCUCAGUCUUCGUCUCAAUCAGGCUUAGUUCCAGAUAUCAAAAGGGUCCCUUAUUAUCUUAUGAGGUUAAAGAUGGAGUUAUAUAACGAGACACUGUGUGGGAAGAUAUGUCCGGCAGGAUCACGGAGAGAUGAAGUAUGGGCUGAAUUAUGGUACAAUCCCCCGUCAGAAGAGUAUCAGUGUACUAUGAAUGGAGAAGACUCCGUGUUAAGCUUGGGGGGUGGGAAGUUCCGUCUCUUAGUCCAAUUACCUGGUUCCGGAUUUCAUGUUGUCCCCCGAACACAACAACAACCACCACAGCAACACAAUGUUCACUUUGUUCAGGUUGCCAUAGGAUUGGCUUUCACUCGUGAAUCACUGAGGAUUGAAUUUGAAGACUAUAUGAACCAAUAUAAAAGACGACAUCGGAGUUACCAACAGUUUUAUAGUCUGCCCUUAAAGCCGCGAACGGCUGGUCCGAACGCCAAUACUCACCACGAUGGAAACUCUGAAGAAUCAUCACCAAAUAACGACAAUAAUAACUUAACUCCGCAAUCUCCAUUACCACCAAAAUCUAAAGUGCCAAGAGUUGAAAAUAAAAGGAAAAUAUAUACGGCUUCUUUCUGCCAACAGGGAGACGUGAUAAAUGGGAAUGCUCUUCAAGAGAACUUGCUUCGAAUAGCAAUGAGUCUCGGGAACCUUAAAGGAAAAACAGACAAUAAUACAAUGACUCCAGAAACAAAGAUCCUGGUGAAAGCUAUCGAGGAUUGGAAUGCUGAUUCUGGAGCUGACUCUGAUUCAGCGACCACUAGCGCCGGUGCUAGUGCUGUUACUGCUGAAGAAGAAGAGGAAGACGAAGAAGAAGAUUAUGAUGAUGAUGGAGGGUUUGGUGACUUCGUAUACCCACAAAAAGCUACACAAAGUUAA